AUGACACGAGCCAAGGCAAGUCCAGUCAACUCUCCAGUGUAUUAUUUGCCUCAUCAUGGUGUCUUAAGAGAAGACAGUGUUACUACAAAGCUUCGGGUAGUAUUUAAUGGCUCUAGUCCAUCUUCGAGUGGUCUAUCAGUGAACGAUAUUCAACAUACUGGUGCCAAAGUCCAGAAAGACAUUGCAGACGUACUCAUUUGGAUCAGGCAGCAGAAAUUUGUGUUCACAUCAGACAUCACCAAGAUGUACAGACAAAUCAAAGUCCACCAAGAUGAUUGGGAUCUCCAGAGAAUCCUGUGGGUGGACGAGCACUUCAAGAUCAUCCCAUAUCAACUCACAACAGUCACGUAUGGUACCAGAUCAGCUCCAUUUCUGGCUGUUCGCACAAUGAUCCAGCUAGUGAAGGAUGAGGGUCAUAAGUUCCCUCUAGCUGUUGAUCCAGUACUAAAAGGAAGAUAUGUGGACGAUAUUGUUGGAGGUGCUGACACCGUGAGUCAACUGAUAGAUAUCUCAACCCAAGUCAGACAACUCUGCAUGGCAGGUGGCUUCCCGUUAGCGAAAUGGCACAGCAACUCACUUCAAUUCCUUCAAUCGAUUACAGACAACUCAUCAGAAGAGCAGAUCCACUCAUUUGAGAGCAGCAAAACGAAAUUACUUAGGCUCUCGUGGAUUCCAGCGAACGACUCAUUCAAGUUCAACUUAAAACCUCUUCGUGAGAAGUCCAAGCUCACAAAGAGAAUAAUUUUAUCAGAAACAGCACAACUCUACGAUCCACUUGGAUUUCUAGCACCCUUCAUUGUCAGAGCAAAGAUGUUGCUACAAGAAAUCUGGCUAGAUAAACUUUCCUGGGAUGACCAAGCCCCAGAUCACAUCAUCACCAAGUGGAAAAGCUUCAGAUCAGAACUCUCACAUGUUUCAGACCUCUCAAUUCCACGAUGGUUACGGAUUACUCAGAAAUCGACCGUGGAACUUCAUGGUUUUUCAGACGCCUCACAAGCAGCUAUGGCAGCUGUUGUUUACAUACGGACUACUCAUCCAGAUCAUGGAACUUGUUCAACUAUAGUCUGCUCAAAGUCUAAGGUUGCUCCAUUGAAGAAGAUGUCAAUUCCCAGACUCGAACUCACCGCAGCAUUGAUGGUUGCCAGACUAAUCACUUAUGUAAGGAACAACUUAGACAUUCAGCCAACUCAACUCGUAUGUUGGACAGACUCCUCAGUGACUUUGACCUGGAUUCAGUCUCACUCAUCCCGUUGGAAGGAGUUUGUAAGGAACAGAGUGUCAGCAAUUCAAGAUCUCACUCCAAUCAGCGUUUGGAGGUUUGUACCUGGCAAACAAAAUCCAGCGGAUUGUGCUUCUCGAGGUAUCAGCAUAUCCCAGCUUCGGAAGCACCCCCUGUGGUGGACAGGACCACAGUGGUUAACAGCAGACGAAUCAUUAUGGCCAACUCAAUCAUCAGUGUACGAUUCAAAAGCUCAGCAGGAAGAGCGGCCCGGGCUCACUUUACUUACUCAGACAAUUCAACAUGAUUAUCAUUGGGAUAUGAUAUACAGACAUUCUCGGCUAAUCAAAUUGCUCAGAGUGACUGCAAUUUGCUUCAGAUUUAGCCAACUCCUCAGACGAGUACCGCAGUCAUCUCUCACCUUCCCUCUCACGCCACAAGAAUUAGAGAGAGCAAGGAUUUUUUGGAUAAAGGCAACUCAAGAAUCGUACUUCUCACAAGAAAUCAAGCAGAUCAACUCAAAUUCACUGCCCGUCUCACACCCCCUCGCACGAUUGACAGCAUUUAUUGACACUCAGGGAGUCAUACGUGUUGGAGGGAGGUUAGCAAAUGCUAGCUUGGACCAAGAAGCAAAGCAAUCUGCAAUCCUACCACAGAAAACUCAUCUUUCCAGACUAAUCAUUGCAGAUGCUCAUGAAAGAACAUUGCACGUUGGGACGCAGGCAACUCCAAACCUCAUACGAUCAUCGUACUGGAUCAUUGGCGGACGACUCCCAGUACGAUCCUAUAUUUACCAUUGUAUGAAAUGUGCUCGUUUACGUGGCGAACGAGCGAAACAGUUAAUGGGUCAAUUACCGGUAUCAAGAAUCACUCCAGCCCGACCAUUUGCCGUCUGUGGUGUGGAUUACGCUGGUCCCAUCAUGCUAAAGACUUGGAAAGGCAGAGGCGCCAAAACAUCUAACGGUUGGAUGUGCAUUUUUGUGUGCUUCGUUACUUCUGCGCUUCAUUUAGAAAUUGUAACAGAUUAUUCAGCAGACUCAUUUAUUGCAGCGUUCAGAAGGUUCACUGGACGUCGAGGUGUCUGCAGAACUCUCCACAGUGAUUGUGGCACCACAUUUCAAGGCGCAGACACGCUCAUCAGACAACUCUUCAAGCAGGGGACUCAACAGUUCAAUCAACUCGCAGCUGUAUUUGCAAAGGAUGGAACUGAUUGGAAGUUUAAUAACAGAACGAUAGGCGACUCACUCUUUACAUAUGAAGAGCUUUCCACACUGCUUGUCCAGAUAGAAACAGUCCUUAACUCCAGACCACUCGAGCCUCUCUCAGCCGACUCUACAGACAUCUCAGCAUUGACUCCAGCACACUUCUUGGUUGGUGAACCACUAGUAACAUUACCAGAGCCUUCACUGGAAGAUGUGCCAAUGCCACGCUUGUCCAGGUGGCAAUUUAUUCAGCAGCGACUCCAAUCGUUUUGGUCAACGUGGUCAAAACAAUACCUUCAGCAGCAACUCGCCAUUUCCAAGUGGAAACACCCCGCUCACAACAUCACAGUCGGCUCACUUGUACUACUCACUGACGAGAGGUUCCCACCAACGAAGUGGCCUCUCGCCAGAGUGAUUGAGGUGUUCCCAGGAUCAGACGGACUCAUCAGAACAGUCAAACUCAGGACAGCAGCAGCAGAACUCAUCAGACCACUCACCAAACUAGUCAUCUUACCAUACACUCCACCAGCAGAAGAUCAGCAAAGGCGUUGCUGA